AUGCAGUGGGCCAUACACGACAAGAGGAUAUUGGAAACAGUUGUGGUGAAUAUUCGAAAUUAUAUGGACGACUUAGUGAAAGUCUUCCCUCCAGACAAGGCCGAAAAGCUGUUGGCAACUCAACAAAACCUGCAAGAGGAGGACGUUGAAAACCUCAGUCCCCGUGAACUAAAGAUGCUGAAAGAUCUCGCAGAAAGGGAUUACGAUGACAUGCUUGUGAAAGCGGUUGAGCACGCGAUCAAGUACCGAAAUUCUUCCUCUCAUAUAUACGGCGGUGAAUGGACCGUCAAGGGGGAAGACAGGGAUUUCAAGCACAGUUCUGGCGAUGAUGUUGCACGAGGCGCGACUGGCACCGGACAUAUCUACACGGGCAAAUACGACAUCUCAGGCUCUGGAACUAGCAACUUCGGAAAUAAAUACGAAUAA